CCUUGGCAAUGUGGCUCUACUUUGUGGUCCUCGUGGGUCUGUACUACCUGCUGCGCUGGUACCGAGAGAGGCAGGUGGUGAGCCACCUCCAGGACAAGUAUGUCUUCAUCACAGGCUGUGACUCGGGCUUCGGGAACCUGCUGGCCAGACAGCUGGACAUGCGAGGCUUGAGGGUGCUGGCUGCAUGUCUGACGGAGAAGGGGGCUGAGCAGCUGAGGAACAAGACGUCAGAAAGGCUGGAGACCGUGAUCCUAGAUGUCACCAACACAGAGAGCAUUGCUGCAGCCACCCAGUGGGUGAAGGAGCGCGUGGGGGACAGAGGGCUUUGGGGCUUGGUCAACAACGCAGGUGUUUACCAACCAAUGGCCUACCUUGAAUGGCAGAAGUUUGAUGACUGUAUGAACAUCCUCAACGUGAACCUUCUUGGUUUGGUACAGGUGACCUUGAGCAUGCUUCCCUUGGUAAGGAGAGCAAAGGGGAGAAUUGUCAAUGUCUCUAGCAUGUUGGGAAGAAUUGCUACACCUGGAGGAUUCUACUCUAUGUCCAAGUUUGGAGUUGAAGGGUUUUCAGAUACACUAAGGCGCGAAGUUAAAGGUUUUGGAGUAAAAGUCAGCAUAAUUACACCUGGUAGCUUCAAAACAGAAAUGACCAAUCUGCAGUUGUCACUGGACAGACUGGAGCAAACCUGGAAAGAAAUCCCUAUGCAUAUUAAGGAAUCCUAUGGAAAGCAAUUUUUUGACUGCCAUUACAAAACGGUUAAGAAAGGCCUUUCCAAUUGUAGCUCAGAUCUGAACCUGGUCACUGACUGCAUGGAGCAUGCUGUAACGUCGGCACACCCUCGUACUCGAUAUGUGGCUGGCUGGGAUGCUAAGUUCAUAUUCAUACCACUCUCUUACUUGCCUACAUCACUGGCAGACUACAUAUUGACCAGCUACAUGCCCAAACCAGUUGAGGCAACCUAACAACAACAAACCUGAUUCAGUUGUUCUUGGAAUGAAGAAUAAAUCGGAAACUUGUUGGUGUCUCAGUAA